UUUGUAGAUUUUACAAAGAAAACAAUCAAAAUUUUAGAAAAAACAGAAAAAUCCAAAUAUGGAACAAAAUUUCAAGAGUUAGAAAAAACAGAACCAGAUCUUUCUGAAGGAGAAAGAUUAAUUUAGGGUAAAAAUACAAGUUAAUCACUAUAAAGGCAUUAAAGACUUGCACUAAAUCACACACACACGCCAGCCAUGCGCAAAGCACAAGUUAAAAUGACCCUUAAAAAUCCCGGGGAAGAGGCAGAAUGGGGGAGGCUAGGUGCGGCACCCCCUAGUCCUAAAAUUCCAUCAAAACGUGCCAAAGUGCUUAUGGAUCCGGCAGUGCAGGAGCUGCGGGGCUCUGGAGAGUACCCUUACAAAACUGCGCCACUGUUUAUCAGAAAAAUGAAGAAUGCAGCUGUGGGAACUGGGUGCGAUAUCCGACUGAAGGUAGCCGUAGCGGGAGAUCCGCAGCCGGCCCUCUACUGGUACCACAAUGAAAGGCAAUUGGCCAUGGAUAACCAGGAAUACGGAGGGCUGUGGAUCAGGGACUGCAAACUCAGUGACGCCGGGCUUUACACCUGCAUAGCGACCAACCCAUUAGGAGAGGCCCGGACCAGUGGUGUAUUAGCAGUCAUGGACCUGGGGGAUGACUCAGAGACCACAGAAGACGAGGCAGCUGAGCCUCAGAUAGGCAUGGCAACAAAAGAAGGACCCCGUGGUCCUCAGGACCAGGCUGUUCACAGAGUGCCUGCAGGCAAUUUGGACCUGAUGAAGGACACCACCCCUGAAACAACGCCCGCUUCAGGUUGGAGCGGGUCCCGGGCGGACAGCUGGGCGGGAAGCCAGAACACUGUGGUGGAGAAGGAGCUGUCUGGCGUGGGUUCGAGAGUCACUGUUUCCACGCAGAAGGAUGCUUUCUCCAAGCCUUCCAGAAGCCUUUGUGGAGACGUUUUGAGGGAAGACAAUGGCUGCCAAGCCACUGAGCUGGAGCAGAAACGGGACCUUGGGUCCCUAAGAUACCCCCCUUCCCGAUCCCAAGUUCUUCCACUUCCCUCUCCUAAAAUUGGCCAGAGGUCUAGCUCCAAUCCCAUACCCAGCCGUUCUGGGUCAGCCCCAGCCACCCCCUUGACCCCCCGCAAGAAAAUUGUGACCCCUGUUGAAUACCUGGAUAUAGUACCUGCAGAAUUUGAGGACAAGAUCAAGCAGCCUAAAUCCUCCGCACUGUCCCAAACCAGCACCCAGGAUUCCCGUCCACAGACACCACUGAGCGAAUACUCCCGGAAGGACUUAACGCUCCGGCCCUCCCCCAAACUGGCCCGGGCAAGCUCUAAGAUCUUUGAGAAGGUGCGCUACUUUGAGGAACGGCGGCGCAGUAUUGACCAGCAUGAGGGUUCCAUCUCGGGGCGCUCCUGGGCCGGGUUCCACCGGACACGCUCCUUUGAUCAGUCAGAUGACGAGAAGAGCAGGACGGGAAUCUCCCGAGAGAGCUCCAGGGAAGAUCUGAGGGAGGCACUCAGGGCUGAAGCAGCUCAGCGAAGGUCCAUAUUUAAGCAGAAGGCUUCUUCUUUUGAUGAAAAGCCUCGCUACAGUCACAAGAUCCAAGAUAUCGAGAACAAGUUCACCGAAGAGCUCCAGCGCAUCAAGAAAGUGGUAGGCAAGCCCAAUUUAAGCAAAUCCUUCUCCACAGAGCAGAUCUCACAUAGGAGCAAGAGAUCACCUAUGAAAAAGCUGGAGCCAAUUCCUCCUGAGGUUCUUCAGAAGCUGCAAGACAGAGAGAGGAUCCAGCAGCGACAACGACAACAGCAGCAACAGCAGCAGCAGCAGCAACAGCAACUCCAGAAACAACAGGAACAACUACAACAACAACUGCUUCAACAGCAGCAGCAGCAGCAACAGCUGAGCUCUAAGAAACCUUUAGUGAGGGGCCUAGCAACAGUCAACCAAUCGCCAAGAGAAGGGGAUGUGUCACAUUCUGAUUUAACCAAUCGUCCCUCUGUGACUAAAGAGGCAAGGGGAAUCAGUCCCCACAAAGAGUUACCCAAGGGAUUGGUCCCAGUGAAAACACUGCAGAAGAAGAGGGAAGAGCCAACACUACCACAGCACCUUCCAAUGGAAGUAGAGGAGACCAAGACAACACAGCUUCCUGUACAGCGGAUUGUGCAAAAACCUGCUAGUCUAUUGGUUCAGAAAGAAGCCGUACGGCUGCCCACACAAGCUCCUCCAAUGGUUUCUAAACUUACACGAACCCCCAAAGAAGCCGCCCAGCUUCAAGAACUACCAACACAAGCGCCUGCAAUGGCUUCCAGGUUCACACGAGUCCCCUCCCCCAGCCCCUUGCCAGAUAAAAUGGAGGACGAGAAGAUGGAAGUUGAGGAGAGCUCUGCACAGCCAGCUCCCAGGCCAGGUGUGCCCCGGAUUGUGGUAGAGGCGGAGGCAGGUGGUGGAUGCGCAGGUCUGGAGCCUGACAAAAAGAAAAAAUCCAGUGUGGCAAAGGAAGGAAAGACCCAGAGGAGCAGAGGGAAUGGUCGUCGAACUCGUCCAAUAUCCACAGAUAUGGAGUUAGAGUCCUCAGAUGAUUCAUACAUGUCAGCUGAAGAAGACCCAUUGGAGUCCCCUGUGUUUGAGGUUCCUCUACAGGACAUAGUUGCACAGGCUGGCACAGAGGUGCUGCUCAAAUGUAUCAUCACUGGCAAUCCGCUCCCAGAUGCAACUUGGAAACAUGGCAACAUCCCUGUAAGGAGCAGCCCUAGCCAUCUGGUUAAAGUGGAAGGAGAGAGGCACACCCUGCUGAUUAAGUGGGUGAAAGCUGGUGAUGCCGGACAGUACUGCGUUAGCGCUGUCAACGAAGUGGGCAAGGCUUCCUGCAGCGCCACUUUGACAGUUAAAUCAGAUCCUUCCCAGGACCAGCGGACCACCCUGAGUGUCCCCCUGGACUUCAGCAGCCCCAUCACUUCCGAUGAGGAGUACCUCAGCCCGCUGGAGGAAGCUGAGUUUGGAGUUCCAUCGUUCCGGGAGCCUGACACCAUGAGGAUACCUGACAUCCCAGAACCCAAGAGCAUUGUUGAAACACGCUUCAAGGAGCCGCCCUCUUUUGAGGUAUCCCUGAGUGACCAGACAGUUAUAGAAGGUCAGGAUGUCAGCCUGUCAGUUCAAAUUCAAGGAGAACCCAAGCCCAUGAUUUACUGGCUUAAGAACAGACAGACGAUAAAGACUGACAGUCGUCAUUGUGUGACUGAAGCAGAGGGCGGGUCCUUUGAGCUGAAAAUCACUGCAGCCGAGAAGUCGGACGCUGGAGUUUAUACCUGUAAAGCAAUUAACGAAUAUGGAACGAAGCAAUGUGAAGGAAAACUGGAGCUCAAAGCCCCUCCUAUGGAGCCAAACCUGGUGAUAUCGAGGCAGAUGCGAGAUGUGACGGUGAAGGCAGGCGAGAUGGCAGUCUUUGAGUGCUUUAUCUCUGGGCCCCCGGACGUCGAUGUGGACUGGCUUUCCAACGACAAACUGGUUCAGCCAGCCCUGCUCAACUGCAAGAUGCACUUCGACGGCAAGAGAUGCAAACUGCUUCUGAACUCAGUGCAUGAAGAUGACAGCGGCACAUACACCUGCAAAUUGAGCACUGCCAAAGAGGAGCUGACCUCCAGCGCCAAUCUCAAAGUCAUUCCCUCAAUCGAGCCUCUCUUCACCAGGAAGUUGGAUAUCCUGGAGGUGAUCGAGGGUCGGACAGCUCGAUUCAGCUGCAAAGUCAGCGGGACACCUCCUCCACAGGUCACCUGGAGUCACUUCGACCAAGUGGUUGAAGAAAGUGAGAAUAUUCGUAUCCUGAAGGACAAGGGGUUCCACUCCUUAAUUAUCUCCCAUGUCAGCAAUGAGAAUGAAGGCUUCUACACUGUCAUAGCCAAGAAUGGCCAUGGAGAGACUGAGUGCUCAGCUGAGCUGUAUGUGCAGGAGCCUCGCCCAGCUGUCUCCUUACAAAUUGCGAAGCUGGAGAAGAUGCCUUCGAUCCCUGAGGAGCCGGAGGUGCCCGAGAGCGAGGUGGAGCGGUUCACCAUGCCGGACUUCGUUAAGCCACUCCACGACAUGGACAUGGUUGAGGGGAAGGAGGCUGUUCUCAAGUGCAAGGUGGCGGGCCUGCCCUACCCCACCAUCACCUGGUUCCACAACGGCCAGAAGAUCGACAGUACUGAUGACAGGAAGAUGACUCAGUAUAGAGACACCCAUAGCUUGGUUAUCCGCUCAGUCACACAUGCUCAUGGAGGCGUCUAUAAAAGCGUCAUUUCAAACAAGGUUGGGAAGGCCACAUGCUAUGCUCAUUUGUACGUGACAGAUGUCCUGCCAGACCCCCCAGAUGGACCCCCUGUAGUGGAAGCGAUAACGGGCAAAACUGUCACCCUGCGGUGGAAGAAACCAAAGAAACUAGACCCCAGCAUAGAUGCCAGCUCACUGACAUACACCAUCCAACAGCAAGCGAUAGGGACGAACCAGUGGAGCACAAUAGUCUCCAACUUGAAGAAAACUUCAUACACAGUGCACACUCUCUCCAAGGGGGUUCUUUAUGCCUUCAGGGUGCUGUCAUCUACCCUUAGGGUUCACAGCAAACCUUCUCCAGCUACAGAACCAGUACAGCUGGUGGAUAGAGGCCCCUACCUGGAGGAGGCGCCAGUUAUCCUAGACAAGCCGGAUGUGGUUUACGUGGUAGAGAACCAGCCAGUCUGCAUUACCAUCAACCUGAAUCAUGUGCUUGCAGGGAUUACAUGGAGAAGGAAUGACAGUAUCUUGGUAAACACGCCAGGUCUUUUUGAGAUGAGCAUGCCUGAUGAUGACCAACACUCACUGAAGAUAAUGCGGAUUAGGAGCAGUGAUGUGGGAGAGCUCACCUGCACUGCCAGUAACCAGUACGGCAGCGAUAGCUGUGCAUUUUCACUUGAAAUUGCAGUGGCCCCUACUUUUGAAUCCAUCAUGGAGGAUAUAGAUGUGAGCACAGGAGAGACAUCUCGUUUUGCUGUGGUGGUUGAUGGGAAACCCGUGCCAGACAUCAUGUGGUACAAUAAUGAUGUCCUCCUGUCUGAGAGCAGCCACUUCACCUUUGUGUAUGACGACAAUGAGUGCUCCCUGGUUAUUCUCAGCCCUCGGGAGGAAGACUCAGGGGUGUACACCUGCACUGCCAAGAACCUGGUGGGUUCUGUGUCCUGCAAGGCUGAGCUCACUGUGCACCAGAUUAAAAUGGAAAAAGAGGAGCAGAUGGAAGAUGAGGAGACUAUGCUCCGAAAGAUGCGCAGACUGACUGAUUACUAUGAUGUGCACAAAGAGAUUGGAAGGGGUGCCUUCUCAUACGUGAAGCGUGUGACUGAGAAGAGUGGGAAGAUAGAGUAUGCAGCAAAGUUCAUCUCACGGCAAGCAAAGAGCAAGGCCUCAGCCCUCAGGGAGCUGAACAUCCUGUCCCAGCUGGACCACGAGAGGAUCCUGUACUUCCACGACGCCUUCGAGAAGAAGAACGGAGUGAUCAUCAUCACAGAGCUCUGUCAGGAGGAACUUUUGGAGAGAGUUACCAAGAAAUCUUCAGUAUUGGAGUCUGAGAUCCGAUCAUACAUGAGACAGAUCCUUGAGGGAAUCCGUUAUCUACACCUGAAUAAUAUUCUUCACCUGGAUAUUAAGCCUGAAAACAUCCUGCUGGCAGACUCCAGCAAUGAGCAGAUCCGACUGUGUGAUUUUGGAAAUACAGUUGAAUUUACUCCUGAUGAGGCACAGUACUGCAAAUAUGGAACUCCAGAAUUCGUCGCCCCUGAGAUUGUAAACCAAACCCCAAUCUCCAAGGCCACUGACAUCUGGCCUGUUGGGGUUAUAGCAUACCUAUGCCUCACUGGGGUUUCUCCGUUUGUGGGGGAAAAUGACAGGACCACUGUGUUGAAUAUCAGGAACUACAAUGUGGCGUUCGAGGAGAAGAUGUUUGCUGAUCUCUGUCGUGAAGCCAGGGGAUUUGUCAUUAAGCUCCUGGUUGCUGACAGACUGAGACCAGAUGCAAAUGAAUGUCUUCGUCACCCUUGGUUUAAGACUUUGGCAAAGGGCAAGAGUAUCAGCACAGAACCCCUGAAACUGUUCCUGUCUCGCAGAAAAUGGCAGCGGUCGCUUAUUAACUACAAAUCUAAGAUGGUGAUGAGGUCCAUUCCUGAGCUCUUGGAUGAUUCUUCCAGCCACAUCUCCAUCGCUGUCCCCAGGCACCUUAAGGAAGGUUCCCCUCCGCCCUCGUCUUCCUCAGACUCUGAUGACAUUGAUGAGCUUCCAUUCAUCCCCAUGCCUCUGACCAUGGAGUUUUCUGGCUCCAGAAUGUCUCUCAAUGAGAUUCCAACCGAUGAAGAGAUGGUGGACAGGCCCAAUGGAACUCUGGAAGGGGUGGGGCUUGAAGCAGAGGGGGCAGUACCUAUGGAGUGUGAACCAACCCUCUCUGGGAAAGAGAGUGGAGAAUUGACAGGGAGAGGCAGGUCCAGAAAGAGGUCGACACAAGAAGACGACAACCUAUCUUCAGAUGAAGAAAGCACUGAGGCACCAAAGAGGCCAGAGAAGCCAAAGAGAGCCCUCCACAAGGGUUCAAGUGUGGAGUCAGAUAAAGCAGGUGGAGGCUCGAAGAGAGGGGAAUUGAGGAGAGGGAGCUCUGCUGACAGUGCUCUGCUACUCCAUAUUACCCCAGAAGAGGGGGCUGCAGAGGGCCAAACGGGGGAGCAAAAGAAAGUCCUCAAAAAAGCUGUUUCGAUGGAGCUCCCUAGGAGAAGUCCAAGCCCAGGAACUCUAGAUGAACGUCGUAAGUUGAGCCAGGAAGAUUAUGCCCUGAAACUAGAACUGAUGAGACAGAGAUUACUGAGAGGAGGAUCUGUGGACAGCAAAAUGAGUGGCCUACGAGGCCCACUGCUGGAGACCCUUGGCAUUGCAGGGGAGGAUCCCAAAAAACGCACCGCAUCUCUGGAGCGCUACACCCGUCCACCCCGAUUAGGCCCAAACCCUCCUCUUGCUAGGGCAGCCUCUAGUGACACCCCCAAAGAAGAGUGUUCAGACACCAAGGUACUACGCAAGUGUGCCUCCUUUAGCCAGGGGGACAGUGAACCUAUCCCUCUCCACCGGCGAUCCGGCGCUCCCUUAGAGAUUCCAUUGGCUCAAAUAGAGGGACGCAGGCUACAGGAAUGCAUAUCAAUGUCAGCACUCACUGAACAGACAAAGCUGGAGUCCAGGCCAGCCACCCCCAGGGAAAUAUCUUCAAAACCUCCUACCCCAGAUUUUAUAAAACAGGAGGUGGGAUUGUCUGGUGGGACAGAGAAGGUAAGCAAAUUGAAGAAAGCAGAUGGCUCCUUUGAGGACAAAGCAAAUGCAACAGAGAAAGUAAGUAGGCCUGAGGAGCUGAAAGUAGUUACAGCAAAACCAGUAAGUGUGUCAGCAGAGGAACAGGUUGGCAAGAUUGAGAAAGUGGCAGCUUACACAGAUGAGGAAAAAUGUCUGUCAGAGAAAGUUGCAGUGGUUACAGAACCUGAAAAUGUGGCUGAAAGGAAACCUUUACUGAAGCCGGAAGCCACGAAGCUAGUGGAAGAGAGUAAAGAUGAACAGGAAGCUGUUUCAGUUAAAGCAGAGCCAAAAAAAGUGAAAUCGCUGACAUUAAAGAAACCAUCAGAGAUAAUAAUCACAAGCUCUGACACGCUGACCCCUUUAUCAAUGUCAGCAAAACCUCCACAAUGUGGCGUCUCUGCCCAAGUUUCACCCUCACCAACCACUAUUGUUUCAUUUUCACUCCCCGACCCCCAGUCCUCUGCCUUUUCUGAAACCAUGCAAACCAUUGUAACUCCAACCCAAGAGGCACCCAAAACCAAGUCAGAGUCCAGUACAACUGCUCACCCUGCUGUUUUUUCCCGAGUAGCAUCUACUGAACAACCUGACAAAGAACCCAGUCCACCUAAAAGUUUACGGCAGCCAACCCCAGAUAAAGAACCAGCCCCUGUCAUCGAGGACAUAGCAUCUGAAGAAGUCUUUGAGGCAAAGUUCAAAAAGCGGGAGUCCUCCCUUACUCGUGGGAUCAGGCUCCUCACCAGGUCCAAGUCUGAAGAGAAGUCUCUUGUUCUUCCUCCCACAUCAGGGGAGGAAAUCUAUCGUCCAGGGCCCAUAGGAGCUCCCUUGGAGAUUGUCAGGCCUGAGGAAUCCAAGAAGAUGGAAGAGAGGGCCAGAUCGGUGCAGGACCUAAGGGAAGCAGAGAAGGAUACCAGCUUCAUGAGGAGGCUCUCUCUACGUUUGAAGAGGACCCCCUCAACAGAGAGGAAAGAAAUGAAGCCUCAAGAGGAAAGUCCAGCUCCAAGGAGAAGGCUCUCAUGGACGUUAGGUCGUAGCAGCUCCAGGGAGAAGAAGGAAAAGGAGGUGGAGAUGGUGAGAAUGGAACCUGGGGCUCUGAAACAAGAGCCAGAGAUCAGAGAAGCCAAGAAACAAAAUGAGUCUCCCGUCCUGGCAAUGCGCAAGAAGAUUGAGUCCACGGUGGCUGGGAUCUCCAUGAGGAUCCGCAGUCACUCUGAGGAGAGGAAGGCAGAGGCCAAGGAGGCCAAGUCAGAGAAGAGGACACCUUUGCUCUCUUUGCUCCGUAGGUCCAACUCUGAGGGAACCAAUCUCAAAAGGAUGGGGGUCCCACAAAACCAGCUUGCUAGCCAGGUUUCUUCUGCCCCCUCCUCAGAGUCCCUGCAGUCGGAAUCCAGUGUCCAGUCAGAGGCAGCUGUCAAAACCUCAUCCGAGAGUGAGCGCAGGUCCAGGUGGGACCGAUGGGGUCUAUCCAGAGGGAAGAGGGAUAAAGUUGUUUCCCAACCCAACAUCCCUUCUGCCAUAACCAAAGAAAAUGGCACCUUGGAAAGAAGACGGUAUUCUCGCCUUACAUCAGACUUCCCUCCUGUGUUCCACAUCAAGCUGCGUGACCAUGUGUUGCUGGAGGGAGAUCCUGUCACACUGUGCUGUCUACCGGCUGGCAGCCCUAACCCUAACAUCGUAUGGAUGAAAGACAAGAAGCCAGUGGAGAUUGACUCGAGGAUAAACAUUGUCUCGUGUGCCGAUGGACGGCAGCUCCUCAUGAUCCUGAAGGCAAACAAAAAGGAUGCUGGGCUGUAUGAGUGCGUGGCUACCAAUCCACUGGCAUCUGUAACCAGCUCUUGCACUGUCUCCCUGGCUAAAGUCCCAGGUCGCCCAGGAACACCUGAGAUACCCCAGAGGUACAAGAACACAGCCCUGGUGUUGUGGAAGCCAUCCGAUACCCAGGCACCAUGUACCUAUUCACUGGAGAGGAAAACAGAGGGCGACUCCAACUGGAUCAUAGUGGCUACAGGAGUGGCAGACUGUUACUACAAUGUCACAGAUUUACCGAUGGACGGCACCUAUAAGUUCCGAGUGGCGUGUGUCAACAAGGCAGGACAGGGAUCCUACAGCAACUCUUCAGAGAGCGUGACCCUCGAAUCGCCAGAAACGUCCAAAGCUCCUCCUCCUGCUACUCCUAAAGCUAUCCCCUCCACCCCUCCUCCAGUCGUGACCACAUCCAUAGCAAUACGCCCUGCUACUCCUAAAGCCAUCCCCUCCACCCCUCCUCCAGUCGUGACCACAUCCAUAGCAAUACGCCCUGCUGCUCCUAAAGCCAUCCCCUCCACCCCUCCUCCAGUCGUGACCACAUCCAUAGCAAUACGCCCUGCUACUCCUAAAGCCAUCCCCUCCACCCCUCCUCCAGCUGUGACAACAUCCAUAGCAAUACGUCCUGCUACUCCUAAAGCCAUCCCCUCCACCCCUCCUCCAGUCGUGACCACAUCCAUAGCAAUACGUCCUGCUGCUCCUAAAGCCAUCCCCUCCACCCCUCCUCCAGUCGUGACCACAUCCAUAACAAUACCACCAUUUCAAGCCCCUUCUUCCAAAACACUCACAAAUUCCACAUCCCUAUCUGAACCAGCAGUGGUCCAAAUAACCCCCUCUACCACCCCAACCCCCACCACUGCCAAGACCACUCUCACCAUCACCGUCACUACACCAUCUUCUGUCGCUCAUCCUUCUCGGUCACCCACAGGAAAUGAAACCCUACCCAGAUCCCAAGCUUCCCGACCUGCUAUCUUUCCCAAACCACCCAUGCCAGUCAACUUGGUCACUCCCAUCUCUCCACCUCCUUUGGUCCCUCCACCCCUUGUCAUUGGCAAACCAAUCUCUUCCGUGCCCAUGUAUGCUGCAACGACCCCGACUCAAGUUACUCCUUCCCCUGUGUCAAUUCUCACCCCGCCUGUGGUUCUGGUGACCAGCCUGAGCCCGGUGGGAGAGGGGGUCUCCACUCCGACACGUUUGACCCCCACAGGACGAGUGACACCAUCUGCCAAAUCUCUGGAGAGUGGAACUACCGCAUUACGCCAAGGCGUGCCACAAAAACCCUACACCUUUAUGGAUGAGAGAGCCAGGGGGAGGUUCGGCGUGAUCAGAGAAUGUAAAGAGAACGCCACAGGCAAACAGUUUGUGGCUAAGAUUAUCCCCUACGAACCAGAGAGCAAGCAGGCCGUGCUACAGGAGUACGAGAUCCUCAAGUCCCUCCACCACGACAAGGUCAUGGCUCUGCAUGAGGCCUACGUCACUCCACGCUACCUGGUCCUCAUCUCAGAGUCCUGCGCCGGCAAAGAGCUGCUAUAUAGCCUCAUAGACAGGUUCCGGUACUCUGAGGAUGACGUGGUGGGUUACAUCGUGCAGAUCCUGCAGGGUUUGGAGUACCUCCACGGCCGACGCAUCCUGCACCUGGAUAUUAAGCCAGAUAACAUCAUAAUCACCUACAUGAACGUGGUGAAGAUCAUCGACUUCGGCAGCUCCCAGACCUUCAACCCCCUGUUCCUGAAGCAGCUGGGCUGCCGCACUGGGACCCCUGAGUACAUGUCUCCUGAAAUGGUAAAAGGGGAUGUGAUUGGCCCACCAGCGGACAUCUGGGGUCUAGGUGUUCUGACAUUUGUCAUGCUGAGUGGGAGGUCUCCAUUUAGUGAAGCAGAUCCUGUGGAGAUGGAGAACAAAAUCCAAGCAGGGAAGUUUGACCUCACCAAGCUGUACCCUAACGUCUCCCAAAGUGCCUCUCUGUUCCUCAAGAAGAUCCUAUGUACCUACCCCUGGACCCGUCCGACCAUCAAAGACUGCUUUGCCAACUCCUGGUUGCAAGACGCCUACCUAAUGAAGCUGCGCCGGCAGACCCUCACCUUCACCACCACCAGACUCAAGGAGUUCCUGGUGGAACACCAGCGCAGGAGAUCAGAGGUGGCCACCAAGCACAAGGUCCUCCUGCGUUCAUACCAGAGUGUCCCACAGCCCUCUGUGCCCGUGACCCAGUGACAACAUCCAUGUCACACAGGCACUAUGGGGGGCAGUGGGAAGAACACUCCAGGUUCUCCAAGAGGAAUGAAUAGGACUCUCCAGCUCGAUUGGCCAGGACUGUCUGUGACCAACGCAACCAGCCAGUCCACUCGGGCUGGAACAGAAGUGUGUGUUUGUAUGUGUGUCCAUCCUUGGUCGAGCUAAACCAGCCGCACCAUCAAAAAACAAGCAAGAAAAGAAAAAUGGAAUUCAAACCAUAUACCUCAUGAACUGUUGGGAAGUGAGUGUGCAGUGGUUAGGUGUGGGUUAUAGAUUCAUCCCUAUCUAAACCCUGUUUCAAUUUAUUUCCUGCAUUUUUCAUUGGAGUUAUAACUUAAAAUUAGCCUUACUGAUUGGCUACCUUGUAAUAUAGGCGGGGUGAUCGAAAGCUAGGCCCCUUUAUGUACUUUUUCUUUUCUACCUUUCGAGGAGGAGAAGGCAUGUUAACACCAUGUGCUAAACCACAAACUGUACAUUUGUAUAUUAGUGGCUUUCCCUGAGUCUGAAAUGAGGAUUCCCACUCUGAAGAGGAGAACUAACGGAUCUGUUACUGCUUGUUUUCAUUUUGUAAGUGACAUUGCUGUUUAUUGUAUUACUGAUAGUUCAAUUGUUUUCAAGCAGUAAUAAUAUGAAUUAUUGCUUGUAGUAGCAGAAGUUAAAGGUGAUCACACCUUGCAAUAAGUAAGUGGCAAUUCAUUUAAAUACAGGUUGGCAGUUCAUAAUGUUCAUAAGUGAAAUGUACCAUAAUCAGUAAUUACUUUAUUGGGAUUCAAUAGGAAUUAAUAUUCUAUGUUAUACAUUUGAAUUCCUGCCACUUAUUGUAAAGUGUAAUUUAGUAGUGAAUUUAGUGCUACUAAAUCAAUAGAAACUACCAAUAUAUUUAUUUUUAGCUCUAUUGGUUAUCUGAUAGAACAGGUACUGUGGCCUUUUUUCUGUUUCUGUGACACAUAGUGGGACAACACAAUUGUUAACAGUUAAAGUUCAUAGUCCUAGUCACCGUCCUGUCUAUUUAUUCUCAUUUAGGGUUAGGGUUUGGGUUGUCUACCCCAAGGUAAGAAGAGCCAAGGAAAGGAACAUGCCAAAAACCUGUUGCCAAACAAUUUACCAGGACUUAAUUACAGCUUCCUGUGUAGGCUAAAACAGACAAUUUUUCCCAGAACAAGAGGAUACAUAUGCAUUUGACACUAGUCAAAUCUGUGGUGAUCCCUUAUUACAACUUGACUUUUCUCAGCAGAAAUCUGGCCUCCUGUUUUGCAUAGUUUACAUUUAAUUAUUAAAAUCGAUAACAUAGUUUUAAAAGAUGCAUUUACGUUUAAGUGUUAUCAAAACUACUAGGACUAUAUAUGGUAUGAGAGUUUUUUUUUUUUUAUUUUAU